UAACACGCUAAAGUUAGGUUAUAAGCGAACAAAAUGUUUAGGAAAUUAAGAAUAACUCGCUUCUCAACGCUUUACUCCAACUAUUCAGUUAAAGUAGAGUUAGACACCAGUUUGAAAGAUAAGUUUGAAAGCAAAGAGUACAAGCCGCGCAAGCACCCGGGAACCACCCGAGUGAAAAUAGCAGCGCUACCUCCAGAUAUAGUCAAGGCUAUAAAAAUAGUUUUAGACGAUUCUGGCGCCCGUUCUAUGCACCAGGACAGCAUCGAGCUCAGCAACUAUCUUCGCUCACGCUUACUUCCACCAGAAGAAGGAGAUAUUGACCAGAAAGCAGCAAAGAUACACGACAAAAUUUCUAAGAAAGCAUAUUCGAAGAUCGGAGAUAAUUUGACAGAAGACGAACUGAAUCAGUUAAAUAAGCAGGUGCAAUCGAAAGUUUUUAACGUUUUAAAGGCAAAUGUAUAUCGCUGGGGUAAUAUUUCAUAUGACAAAGUAACAUGCUUACAAUAUUUAAUGUCUAGAUCUGCACCCGAGUAUGCAGUCCUAGUACGUGUAUUAGAUGAAAUAAGAAUGAAAUAUCCAGAUUAUAAGCCUAGGAGCUUCUUUGACUUUGGCUCAGGAUUAGGAACGGGCACAUGGGCCGUUAACAACUAUUGGAAUGGGGACAUAUUUGAAUAUUUCUGUGUUGAUACUUCCCCACACAUGCAUGAUUUGGCCCGCUUACUCUUAUGUCAAGGAAAAGAUAACGUAACUAUGCCUCUGAAAGGUUAUUUCCAACGUCAGUUCCUACCGGCAUCAACAGAUCUCAAAUACAACAUAGUUUUAUCUGCAUUUUCAUUAUUUGAGCUACCAAGUAUGAGAGCAAGAUUGGAAACUAUUCAAAAACUAUGGAAGAAAACGGAAGAUUUCCUGAUAAUAGUUGAGCAAGGGUCUAACGCUGGCUUCCAAAUUGUAAAUGAAGCUAGAGAAUUCGUUUUAAAUUUACCCAAAGGCAAAAAUAAUGGUUACGCCUUCUCACCAUGUCCAAAUGAUAACGUAUGCCCAAGGUAUUUAGAAUUGAAAACACCUUGUAACUUCAUUAUGAAGUAUGAAUCGCUGCCAUACCCUUCGAAAUCAGAUGUGUUUGCAGAAUUAUUCUCGUAUGUAAUAUUAAGGAAAGGUGUGCGUCCGUCCGAUGAUCCUCAGUGGCCUAGGAUAGUGCGAGCGCCCAUCGUCCGCUCCGGGCACACCAUUUGUAGGUUAUGUACGAAACAGGGGGAGCUACAAGAGAUCAUAUUUUCCAAGUCCAAGUUUGACCAGACCACAUAUAGGUGCGCUAGGUCCAGUAAUUGGGGAGACUUGUUGCCUGUAAAAUAAAUAAAUUUAAA